AUGCUUGCGGCUUCCGAGACAGGCAUGGCAUCUGCCUCUAUUGAAGCAAAGUAUAGUGAUGGCAGCACGACAUCUGGGCCUCUCUUAGUUCCGGCUUGGUGGAGCUGGCCAUAUCCUGCUGGUGCAGACCUUUCGUUCGGACAUUAUUUGACAGAAAAUACCACCAAUUUCAAUCGAUCCAAUAUUUUCCAGACUGUCAACUGGCUCGACUCCUCGAAAGAGCUCGUUUCUCUCUCGCUUCCUAAUUCCUCGACUGGUGCGUCAACUGAGCCCGGGGGCGCGUCAGUAAACACAAAACUGCACGUCUUUGCGCUGUCAAUGCUGCCGGUACCCGAAUAUCAAUCCAAUACUCCAAGACUUGAGAUUCAAUACGCUCGCUCUACGCAAAAGUGGAUUGAUGGAUCCGACAAAGUUCAGAUCAUUGAAGCCCUUGUCAACAACGUUGGGCCUUUCUCCAUUACGCGAAACAACAGUGUGCGCAUCCAAGUUCAUUCGCCCGGUCUCGAAACCAUAACUGAGGGUAUUAUCAAACGACUCGGCCCUGGAGACCAAGCUACAGUUGAGAUUGGAGUUCAAAACAGGAAGGGAGUACCCAUAAGCAGUGGUCCAGCGACAGUCAUUAUCAGUGGGCAUGAUGUGGUCUCGACGCCAUACUCCUUCAAUGCAACAUAUGGAAUUCGCCCAUUUGAGGCCAAUUAUGAGUCGAUCUACAGUCAUGAAUCUCCAAACUGGUACAACAAUGCCAAAUUUGGUAUCUUCAUACAUUUCGGUGUGUACUCUGUGCCAGGCUGGGGAAACUCUGGUUCUAAGGAAAACUAUGCCGAAUGGUAUUGGUGGUCCUUGAACACAGCGAAUGACCCUACGAAUACCUCUGGUUACCAUUUGGACAAGUAUGGACCGGAUGUCGUUUACGAUGAUUUCAUCCACAACUUCACUGUAGAUGCAUUCUCCCCCAAAGAAUGGGUCGAUCUAUUUUCAGAUGCCGGUGCCAAGUAUUUUGUGCAAGUUAGCAAGCAUCAUGAAGGCUAUGCUCUUUUUGAUCUUCCAGCAAACAUCUCAAUGAGGACAUCUGUAGCCCUCACACCACAUCGAAAUUUGGUCAAGGAGUUAUUUGAUGCAGCCAAGAAAUAUCAGCCACAUCUGCACCGGGCCGUAUACUACUCGCUCCCUGAAUGGUUUCACCCAGACUACAAGAAAUACGGAUUUGGCAGUUGGCCAGGAGGAAAUGCCACCAAUCCUUUCACGAACGAGACCUUGCCAUAUACUGGCUAUGUGCCGCUGGCGGAUUUUAUCGACGACAAGAUACUGCCUGAGAUGAACAUUUUGGCGGAUCUAGGUACAGACAUUAUGUGGUGUGAUAUCGGCGGACCCAACAAGACAGCGGAAUUCGCAUCAGCGUGGUUCAACCGUGCCGCAGAAGAAAACCGACAGGUUGUCAUGAAUGCUCGAUGCGGCCUUCCAGGUGACUUUGAUACUCCGGAAUAUGCUCAAUAUAAAAGUGUUCAACGCCGGAAAUGGGAAAGCAGUGCUGGCAUGGAUCCAUACAGUUAUGGAUUCAAUCGCGCCACCCCUCUGGCCAGCUACAUGAACGCAUCGGCGAUAGUCACCACACUGAUUGAUAUUGUGUCCAAGAAUGGUAACUUCCUUCUUGACAUCGGUCCUAUGGCAAAUGGGACCAUCCUGGACAUCGAACAGCAACACCUCCGGGAGGCUGGGAGGUGGAUCAAGAGCCAUGCUGAAGCUAUAUACGAUACAUCUUAUUGGUUUGUUGCCCCCGAGGAAGGAGAAAAUAUCCGAUUCACGACUUCACAAGAUGCCUUCUAUAUCCAUUGCUUGACAAGGCCAAAUAACACGCUCACCUUGUCAAGCCCGAUUCCUUGGUUGGAAGGCGACAGCUUAACUGUUGUCGGCGGCCACAUGCACGGUACCGAAAUCCCAUCAAUGAAAACAGCGAACGGUAGUGUCGUCCUGUCUAUGAAUAAGCUCCGCAACCUCAGUGUGGAUCAUGACAAGUUCUCCUCGGAAAAUGAAGAGGACAAAACUACCAAAGAGGAGCUUGAAGUGACCGAGGAGGAUCCUGGGUGCGAGGUACCUCUUAAUGCUUCAGAGGGUUUGACCUUCGCGGCAGAUGUCGACCCGAGCAGUGUUUCCCAGGUACAGGAAGUUCCGGAAGAGGAGACCACUGAGAAGGAUGCCUCCUCCAAGGAGAAGAAACCAUGA